GCGAGCGGAGCGGGGCGCCGGAGGGCCCUGGCGGCGCGCGGAGUUUGGAUAGUGAUUCAGCCUGGCGCGGCGUGAGCCCGAGUGAGAUCAUGGCUGCUGUUCCUCUGAACAAUCUACAGGAGCAACUGCAGCGUCACUCAGCCAGAAAACUUGAUAAUAAAUUCAACCUUACAAAACCAAAAUCUUCAGGUUUUACUUUUAAGAAGAAAACGUCAGAGGGCGAUGUGUCUAUAACUAGUGUGUCAGUGGUGAAAACACCUGCAUUAAGUGAUAAAGAUGUGAAUGUGUCUGAGGCCUUUUCAUUCACUGAGCCUCCGCUCCACACACCCAAACAGCAGCGUGGGACUGAUGGCUUCUUUAAAAAUUCUCCGGGAGGACAGCAAACCAAGGGGACCUGUUCCCAACAGUCAUUGCUGGACUUGGAGAGUCCUCCAGAAGUUUUAUGUACUACCCCAAAAACCCCAGCUGUAAAGAAACGCCACGUUGCUGUUUUCAAGAAAUUAGAAUUUAGUUCUUCGCCAGAUUCCCUCAAUGACUGGGCUGAUAUGGAUGACUUUGAUAUUUCAGCAUCAGAUGCGUUGGUCUCGCUGACCAAAAAUCCUGUCACAAGAGUAAGCACUGCUCAGAAAUCAAAGAAGACUAAGAAAAACUUUUUUAAACCACCACCUCCUAAAACAAGUCCCAGAAAGACUGAUUUGAUGCCUCCUUCCCCGAAAAUCCCACAAGUGGAUUUGACUGAGGAACAGAAGGAUGAGUCGGAAUGCCUAAGCAGUGAUGUGAUUUGCAUCGACAGUGACCCUGGUUCUGAAGAGCUCAAGAAGAAAACUAGUCAGCAAAGUCAGUGUUUGGAAACUGAUUUGGGAGUUGAAAGAGAUAAUAGUGAAAAGGAGAACCACAUAGACGAAGUUCAAUUACAGUCUACUGAGAAAGCUCUAUACUUCCAACCUGAUGAUGAUGAUUAUGAUAUAGAUUUUGUUCCACCUUCUCCAGAAGAAAUGAUUUCUCCAGCUUCUUCCUCUUUGGAAUACUCUAGUAUGCUAAAGGCUGUUGAUGUCUCUGACAAAGAGAAAGACAUUCUCAGCACCUCAAAAGAUCUUUUAUCAAAACCAGAGAAAAUGACGACACAGGAGCCUGAUCCAGGAACCACUGCAGACUGUGGCGACAAGCAGAUGAGCGUACAGCAGCAGCUUAUUCAUGUGAUGGAGCACAUCUGUAAAUUAGUUGAUACUGUUCCUAUUGAUGAACUGAAAGCUUUGAAUUGUGGGAAUGAGCUGCUCCAACAGCGAAACAUAAGAAGGAAGCUCUUGGCUGAAGCUGAUUUUAAUGGAAAGGAUGUCAGUCUUCUGGGUUCACUGUGGAGAUGCAGGCCUGACUCACAUAGUAACACUGUGCGGGGUGAUUCCUGCCCUGUGGGGCAUCCUAGUAAGGAGUUAAAGUCUCCAUCCUUUCCCUCACAUUCCCUUUCCACUGAGGAGUGUUUACCAACCACCACUCCAGGAAAGACAGGAUUCUCAGCCACCACGAAGAAUCUCCUUGAAAGGCCGUUACUGAAUUCCCAUUUACAGAAGUCCUUUGUAAGUAGCAACUGGGCUGGAACACCAAGGGCAGAAGAAAGAAACGGAAGCACUUCUUUCCCAGGAAACGUGCUCACAAGCACUGCUGUGAAAGAUCAGAAUAAACAUGCUGCUCCAGGAAAUAACUUAGAGAGAGGAGGCCAGACCUUCUGUGAUAUUGAUAAUUUUAACAUUGAUGACUUUGAUGAUGAUGAUGAUGAUGACUGGGAAGACAUAAUGCACAGUUUUUCAGCCAGCAAAUCUUCCACAGCUGCCUACCCACCUAUCAAGGAAGGUGGACCAAUUAAAUCUCUAUCAGAGAGGAUUUCUUCAGCUAAGACAAAGUCUCUUCCAGUGGCAUCAACUGCUCAAAAUAAAAACCUCUCAGAGUCAAUUUGGAAUUACACUGAUAAGUUGGAACAAAAUUUAUCAUCAAAAAAUCUGAAACAUGAACAUUUUCAAAGUCUUGAUUUUCCUCAUACAAAAGAAAUGAUGAAGAUUUUUCAUAAGAAAUUUGGCUUACAUAAUUUUAGAACUAAUCAGCUAGAGGCGAUCAAUGCUGCACUGCUUGGUGAAGAUUGUUUUAUCCUAAUGCCCACUGGAGGUGGUAAAAGCCUGUGCUACCAGCUGCCGGCCUGUGUCUCUCCGGGGGUCACUAUUGUCAUAUCUCCCUUGAGGUCACUAAUAGUAGAUCAAGUUCAAAAGCUGACUUCCUUUGAUAUUCCUGCUACAUAUCUGACGGGGGAUAAGACUGACUCCGAAGCUGCAAAUAUUUACCUCCAGUUAUCAAAAAAAGAUCCAAUUAUCAAGCUUUUGUAUGUUACUCCAGAGAAGGUCUGUGCGAGUAACAGGCUGAUUUCUACUCUGGAGAAUCUGUAUGAGCGGAAGCUCUUGGCACGCUUUGUCAUUGAUGAAGCCCAUUGUGUGAGUCAGUGGGGUCAUGAUUUUCGUCAAGAUUACAAAAGGAUGAAUAUGCUUCGCCAGAAGUUUCCUUCCGUUCCAGUGAUGGCUCUCACAGCCACAGCGAACCCCAGGGUACAGAAGGACAUCCUCACGCAGCUGAAGAUCCUCAAACCUCAGGUGUUUAGCAUGAGCUUUAACAGACACAAUCUGAAAUACUAUGUGUUACCAAAGAAGCCCAAAAAAGUGGCAUUUGAUUGCCUAGACUGGAUCAGAAAGCAUCACCCAUACGACUCGGGGAUAAUUUACUGCCUCUCCAGGAGGGAGUGCGACACAAUGGCUGACACCCUACAGAGAGAUGGCCUUGCUGCUCUGGCUUACCAUGCUGGCCUCAGUGACACCGCCAGAGAUGAGGUGCAGAGCAAGUGGAUCAACCAGGAUGGCUGCCAGGUUAUCUGUGCAACCAUUGCAUUUGGAAUGGGAAUUGACAAACCUGAUGUGCGAUUUGUGAUUCAUGCAUCUCUCCCUAAGUCUGUGGAGGGUUACUACCAAGAGUCCGGCCGAGCUGGAAGAGAUGGGGAAGUAUCUCACUGCGUGCUCUUCUAUGCCUAUCACGACGUGACCAGACUGAAGAGGCUUAUAAUGAUGGAAAAAGAUGGAAACUAUCAUACAAAGGAAACUCACUUCAAUAAUUUAUAUAGCAUGGUACAUUAUUGUGAAAAUAUCACGGAAUGCAGAAGAAUACAGCUUUUAGCUUACUUUGGUGAAAAAGGAUUUAACCCUGAUUUUUGUAAGAAAUACCCAGAUGUUUCUUGUGACAAUUGCUGUAAAACAAAGGAUUAUAAAACAAAAGAUGUGACUGAUGACGUGAAAAAUAUUGUAAGAUUUGUUCAAGAACACAGUUCAUCACCAGGAACGAGAAAUGUAGGUCCUUCUGGAAGAUUCACUCUGAACAUGCUGGUCGACAUUUUCUUGGGGAGCAAGAGUGCAAAGAUUCAGUCAGGAAUAUUUGGAAAGGGAUCUUCUUAUUCACGACACAAUGCCGAAAGACUUUUUAAAAAGCUGAUACUGGACAAAAUUUUAGACGAAGACUUAUAUAUCAAUGCCAAUGACCAACCAAUCGCCUAUAUGAUGCUGGGGACUAAAGCCCAAAAUGUGCUCAGUGGCCACUUAAAGGUGGACUUCAUGGAAACAGAAAAUUCCAGCAGUAUAAAAAAACAAAAAGCUUUAGUGGCCAAAGUAUCCCAGAGAGAAGAGGUGGUUAAGAAAUGUCUUGGAGAACUUACAGAGGUCUGCAAGUUGCUGGGGAAGGUCUUUGGUGUUCAUUACUUCAAUAUUUUUAAUACAGCUACUCUCAAGAAGCUUGCAGAAUCUUUAUCUUCUGAUCCUGAGGUUUUGCUUCAGAUUGAUGGUGUUACUGAAGACAAGCUGGAAAAAUAUGGUGCUGAAGUGAUUCCAAUAUUAAAGAAAUACUCAGAAUGGACACUGCCAGCUGAGGACAGUUCCCCCGGCAUAAGCCUGAUGGGCAGCAGAGGCACCGGGAGGAGCACCCCGGAGGAGCCUGAUGAGGAGGAGCCUGUAUCUUCUCACUACUUCGCAAAUCAAACUAGAAAUGAAAGAAAGAGGAAGAAAAUGCCAGCCUUCCAACGGCCCAAGAGGAGGAGGACCAGUAACGGCGGCUUCAAGGCAAAGGGGGGCUCUACUACAGGCAGAAAAACGUCUUCUAAAAGUAAAUUCUCUGGUGUAACUGGAUCCAGCUCGGCCUCCUGUGCUUCUCAAGCAACAGCAGCAGCAAGUAGAAAAUUGGGGAUUAUGGCUCCUCCGAAGCCUGUAAAUAGAACGUUCCUCAGGCCUUCGUAUGCAUUCUCCUAACAGCACUUCUCAGCAGCACGUCUUGUUUGUCGGCAUCUGACCAUCUGUGGAGAGAAAGCUGUUAGUCUUGUUACACCAUUUGAAGUUUUCACUCCUAUCUAUUAAUAUUUAAAUGUAUCUCGUGUGAUAGUUCUUAUUUUUAAAUAAACAUUUUCUUUGCUGCCACUGCAAGUGUGGUGGCCAUUGUUUCUCAGAGCAUCUGCAGCAAUGGCUGAAUCAUCUACCCCAGAGAAAGUCUGAGUGUAACCUGACACGCGAAGCCAGAAGAAAAGGCACAUGGGACAUUGUGAAACUGUAGAACUUCUUGUGUGAAGCAAACUCAACCAAGGACAAAGGACAAAGAAAACAGAAGAUAUAUUACCUAGUAACUCCUGUAAUAUGCACAAUGUGCCUAUAAAUCAUUAAGAAAAAGUCAGCACCGAAGACAGCAGAGCAAGGCUGUGAGUGGGCUAGUCUCCCCCCAAAGUUCAGAUGACCACAAAUAUAUGAAAAUACUCUGUCUCCCUAACUAAAAGUACAAAUUAAAACAUGAGGUGCCGCCGGGCGGUGGUGGCGCACGCCUUUAAUCCCAGCACUCGGGAGGCAGAGCCAGGCGGAUCUCUGUGAGUUCGAGGCCAGCCUGGGCUACCAAGUGAGUCCCAGGAAAGGCGCAAAGCUGCACAGAGAAACCCUGUCUCGAAAAACCAAAAAAAAAAAAACAUGAGGUGCCGCUCUUUUGCCUGUCAAAUUGUCAACCCUAGGGCUGGGUAUAGUGUCACAUAGCUAAAAACCCCAGUGACUCCAGAGGCAGAGCCAAAGGAUCACCUGAGCCCAGGAGUUCAGGGCCAACCUGGGCAGACACAUUCUCCUUUUUUAAAAAAAAGAAAGAAAGGAUAGUUGGGCAGUGAUGGCACAUGCCUUUAGUCCCAGCACUCCUGGAACCAGAGACAGGCAGAUUUCAGUUUGAGGCCUGCAUGAUCCAGGACGGCCAGGGCUACACAGAGAAAUCCUGUCUUGAAAAAAGAAAACAAAACAAAUAACAACAAAAAACCUGCCUAGUCUGUACUGGAUGAAAAUAGCCAAAUAGACUGUGCUUGCAAACAUUUAUUAAAUAUUGAUAUACUUCCUGAUUUGCCCUUUGGGUAAUGCCCAACUCCUUGACCUUGUUCAGAAGGGAGCUGGAAGCCUUCAGACCACUGUCCUGAGACCUCAGAACUGAGGUGGGCAUAUACCUAUGCAGAGGAACCACCUAGUUCCUACCACCAGGAACUUUGGCUGUUUAGUGGACAGACUAGUCAAAUGAGUUAGCUGAGAGCCGUUUGCUUAAUAAACCUUCCAGAGCUGGCAAGCCAUGACUCCGGUUGGGAUGAGAAGACGGGGUGGAGGACCAAGUGGCCAAGGUCACCGGAGAGCUGUGGGUCUAGAGGGACCCAGCAUUCUCUGUGGUAGCCUAUCUGGAAGGAAAAGCUGCUGCCACCUCUGUUCUAGGCCAGUUGGGUUAAGAGUUCAACGUCAUCCUCAGCUAUACCAUGAAUUUGACCACAGCCUAGGCCACAUAAGACCCUAUUUCCAAAAUAAAAGGACAGGACAGGACAAUUCUCCCAACCUCCUGGUUUGGAACCAGGAGCCUGGGGACUUUGAUUUGUCCAGAAUCUGAUAACCACAAGUGGCAGGCACAGACUUCACUCAGAUCUAGAGAAACAUUCUAGGUUGGAACUGACACCGAAAUUGCAGCUGCCUCCUUCCUCCAGCUUGGCCUCCAGUCUGAGCAAAAACCCAGGGAAUGUACCAUUCCAUGUGGGCAACCCCCAGAGGAGGCAAGCAGAGGCGAGUGACAGAGAAGCUGCCCUGGGCCCGGCCCUAAUGAGGAUGUUCCGUACAACCAUAGCCUCAGGGAAGGCAAGAGUAACUGGAGUGUUAGCAGGGGCCUGCCCUAGGAACAGUGACCAGGAGACUUGACUCCAGCUCUGGCCAGCAUCCAUGGAACCUCUGUCUCAUGCACACGCCCAUGAGACCCUUGUAUUCUGGAGAGCUGAUGGGUGACCCCUGAUCAGUUCCAGGGACAAACAAGCUUCCAUGACCUCACAGAGGCAAUAUGGAGAGCCAAGUCUAUGCCAAGGCCACCCAGCACCCAGCCUUGAAAAGCAACACAUCAUGGUAUCCUUUUUUAUGUAGGAAGCAGAAUUCAGAAAGGUUAUGUAACUUGCCCGAAACCACGGAGCUAGGAACUGGUAGUAAGUAGGGUAACCCGGUCUCUGUCUGCCUUGGAGCCCCAGUUUGUACCUGUUUCCCUGGUGUGAUUAACACAGCCCCUUUUCAUUCUCCGAAGUGUUCCAGUUAGGACAAUAAAUGUAUGCCAUCCGGGUCUA